UGCUCCCUGGGGGCUGGAACUCUGUAGACAAACAUUAACUUUGGGAUAGACACUCUAUAUUUAUCUUCUACUCCUUCCAUUUUUACUGCAUCUACCAUUUGAUCAACAUGAAAUCAUCUCUGACUCUGCUGUGUCUGGUGGUAUGGGUGAAUGUGGAUGCUUCAUCAGCUCAGACUGAGUAUUGUGGUAAGCCUGAGGGUGAAGGGAGGAGAAUGCUGCCGAUUCCUGAUCGAGAACGUUAUGAAAAUGGGGACCAAGUGGAGUAUGGAUGUCUUGCAACUUGUAAGAACGGAGAGUGGGAUAAGACCAUCAAGGGCAAAGAUUACUGUAGUAAACCUGAGGGUGCAGCCACCAGAAUGCUGCUGAUUCCUGACCAAGAGAGAUAUGAAAAUGGGGACAAAAUAGAUUAUGGAUGCCUUAGCGGCCCAAACACAGGCUCAAGAGGAAAAGCAACUUGCAAGAACGGAGAGUGGACUCAGACUGAGCCCAAGGAUUUCUGUGGACCACCUCCACAUCUCAUGAACGGAGACACAAACGGCGGUACCAGAGAACGCUACAGAAAUGGAGAAUCAGUUCAAUAUGUCUGCCAGAACUACUACAUCCUUGAUCCCCCUUCAGCGUACAAGACGUGUCGUGAUGGGAUCUGGAUAGGACUGAUAACCUGUCUGAAACCCUGCACUGUGGACGAAGAGCUGAUGAACACACAGAACAUCCAAUUUAAAUAUCCUCCGGAAUAUCAAACUAAAGUCUAUGCCACACAUGGGGAUCAUAUCACUUUUAAGUGUACUGGUCAUAGUAGACUGAGCCCAGGUAGCGUUGAUUUUCGUCAGCAGUGUAUAAAUGGGGUCAUGAACUUGCCUCAUUGCCAAACCCCUGUCAAUAGUUUUCUCAAAUUAUUUUCAGAUUCAUUGUCUGAAUAAAUGUAUGGUUUUUCAUGAUUGUCCAACAUGAAAUAAAGUGCUGCUGGUUCAUAUUUA